AUAUCCGGAGUACACGGGUUUCAGUGUGAGUGCUGGGGUUUGGGCGCAGUGAUUUGCAGCUGAGAGUGGAAGCAGAUCCUCCGCCCAUCACUCCUGAGUGCUGCUGUUUCAGUGCACUGCUGCUGAGCCUCAGAGAGAAAGCCCACCGGCUGCACUGCACACUGCUCUCAAACCUGCUGCACGCUCGCGCCCACUCUGACCAUGACGCUGCAGAGCUCGCGUGAGGAGUACACUUUCAACUGAUCGCCUUUUCUUUCUGCCUGAGAACAACAAACAAACAAACAAACAAACAAACGAUGGAACCAAUAACAAAGUGGACUCCAACUCAGGUUGUCGAUUGGAUGAGAGGACUGGAUGACAGUCUCCAGCAGUACAUCCAGAACUUUGAAAAGGAGAAGAUUGAUGGCCAGCAGCUGUUGAAGAUCUCCCACCAGGACCUUGAGGAGCUCGCCGUUAGCCGCGUUGGCCACCAGGAGCUCAUCCUAGAAGCUGUGGAUCUUCUCUGUGCUCUGAACUAUGGCAUUGAGACUGAAAAUCUGAAGACUCUGGUUGGCCGGAUGAGAGCAGCUUCUAACAACCUGCACAACUGUGCUUCAGAGAGGAGAAGAAGCCCGUCGCAUGACAGCAGCGCUUCAAACAAACCACCCAAUGAGUUCCUGACGGCAGUGGUGGAGCUUAUAGGAGCAGCCAAGGGCAUGCUGGCCUGGCUGGACAGGACACCUCUGACAGGCAUCAGUGACUUCACCACUAUCAAGAACAGGAUCAUCCAGCUGUGUUUGGAGCUCACCACCACUGUACAGAAGGACUGUGCUGUGUAUGAAAUGGAGGAGAAGAUACUGGAAGUGGCUCGAGUUUUAACUGGUGUCUGUGAGGCGACCAGGAGGACGACCUUUGACCCCUUGAAGAGCCGCACCACCUGUCUGGAGGAGGUCCACAUCACUGAUGUCAAACCAGAAGAGGGGCUAGGGAUGUACAUCAAGUCCACAUACGAUGGGCUGCAUGUGAUCACUGGAACCACAGAAAAUUCUCCAGCAGACAGAACUCAACGCAUCCACGCCGGCGACGAGGUGGUGCAGGUCAACCAGCAGACAGUGGUGGGCUGGCAUCUGAAGAACCUCGUGUCCAAAAUGAAGGAGAAUCCACACAGUGUGGUGCUCACGCUGAAGAAGAGGCCUUCAGGAACAGGCAAUUUCACUCCUGCUCCACUGAAGAACCUGCGCUGGAGGCCUCCGGCUGUGCAGAGCGCUCCUCCUGGCCAUGCUGCUCACUCAUCCAGUGUAGAAAGUGCUGCUAAGAAAGAGAAGCCAGCCAUUUUGGACCUGUACUUACCCCCACCUCCAGCUGUGCCCUACACGCCACGGGACGUGAAGGACAGCGCAUGUCCACAGGUCAGAAUGAGGCAAAAAGCUCCUGAGUCUCCAAACUCGUCUCUGGAUCGAGCUGCUAGGCGGUGCUCUAAUCUCGUAGAUUACGUCAGCAAACCCAACGUUAGCGUCUCUCCUCCAGAGACCGCCAUCCCGCAGGCACGACUUCGGCAGCGCACACCCUCCAGAGGGAAGCCGCGGCCGGUGUCUAUGCCAGCUGACACGUGCGUGGGCCUGUCUGAUUCCCCCUGGGCUUUUGGAAGGAAAGGUGACGACGUGUUGCGCAUGUAUAUGAGUAAUGAGCGAAUUCCCCCGAUCGCUGAAGAAACCCCGUGUUUUCCCUUGCCGUACCGGCCAGCCAGUGAGAAGCAGCUCCUACGGGGGGUCGACCACAUCCGUGGCAGUCAGUGCUUCAUCAACGCCGAGCUGCACAGCAGCGCCACCGUGCUGUACCGAGACACCACACGCCGUAAGAGCCGGUCCUCACGCUCCUCCAAGAGGUCCUCAGAGCCCUCGCCUCUCAGCGCCUGGUUCGCUCGACUGAAGCUCUUCACAGUGAACGCGGUGCUCGGUUUGUCUAAAUUUGUCACAAGUUUCGUGUGUUUGUUACCCGAAAUGAGCACUAACAUGUUUCUGGAAGUGAUUUUAUACACUGCCUGGAAGCUGCAUGUACUCCAGUGCUGGCUUCAGAACUUGUUGUCCUUUAAUGUUAGUCCUGCAGAAGUGAGUGACAUGCAGGAGACUCUUCUUCUAGAAGUCUUUCCCACUGCGGCUUGUCAAGGCGAUGCCGGGAUGAGUCGUAGGAGGGUCUCGGUGAAGGACCUGGGACAGGUGGACUGUAAUGGCUGGCUCUACAAAAAGAGAGAGAGCCGAGCUUUCCUGAGGAAUAAGUGGAAGAAAUAUUGGGUCGUGCUGAAAGGAUGCUCUCUGUACUGGUACACAAAUGUAUUGGCUCUGAAAGCAGAAGGCUACAUCAACCUGAGAGGCUUCACUCUGGACCAGGCACACGAGUGCAAGAGGAAGUUUGCUAUAAAGGCCAGCCACCCGCAGGUCGUGACGCUCUUCUUUGCAGCUGAGAACUCACAAGAUAUGUACAAGUGGUUGAGUAAGCUAACUGCAGCCUCUAACAAGAAAGAACUUACAGAAGUCGUUACUGCAGAGUGUUACAGUGAAGACAGUGAUGACGAGGAUGAUGUUGAAGAAACAGGAGCCCAGUACACUGAGCAUCUAUCCACCAGCUCCAUCAAUGGUUGUCUUCCUCCACCACACUCCAGCUCGUCCCCGUGCCGGGACAUGCUCCCCCUUGUGUCUCCGGUGUGUAACACCUCAGAGUGUGUGAGUUCAGACAGUGAGUCAUGGCUGGAGCUCAGCUCUGACUCUCAGGGCCCAAUGUGCGUCAGCGAGCACAGUGACAUCGGCCGUCUGCAGGAUUACCAUGGCGAUGAACGGCCUCCGUCUGACGAGCUGGAGAUGCUGUAUCUGCACCUCAAAAACGCCAGCCUGUCCCCGAGCGGAGAACUGCAGCCUGUGACUAAACGGGACUACAAAUCGUCCUUCAUCAGACGCUGCAAAAACGACACCAUCAACGAGAAGCUGCACCUGGUCCGAGCUCUCAACAGUACUCUAAAGGCCAAAGAGGCAGACCUCCUGGCUAUUGAGCAGGUUCUAGCUGAUUCAGAGUUAGAUGGCAAUAAAUUCAGAAGGUGGAAGAGUGCGAAUUUUCUCCUACUGGAAGAAAUCAACUGCAAAAUGAGCAGAGUAGAGGAAAAACCAGACAUUCAGCCCGAACAGAGGCCAUCCUCCACGCCGGCUGUGUUCGCAGAGACCAGCCUGUGAGUGUGAACGUACAUAAUUAAGGUUGUCUUUCACUUUUGAUGAUAGUUCUGUUGUCUAUUUAAUCAGUUUUUAAAUGUGUGAUAAGGAGGGAUGUUGAAAAUUAUCAUCUAGAAACAUUUAUGCUUUGCUCUGCAGGUUUAAUAAUGAAAUUGAUAACUGCAAAUGAACUCGUUUUGGAAUUGCACAAGUGGUUCUGUCAGUAGAUGAUUCCAAAACACUUGUAAAGUUCAGUCAUCACUCUUUAUCACACAAUGAAUGCUGUACCUUCUGUCUCACAUGAAGAAAAUGUGCGUAUAUGUUGAAGUCAAACAUGAUUAUGGCAUGAUUUGGAGUGUAAAAUGGACAACCUAGCAGAUAUUUGAACUCAAUUUGACUUUUCUAAAUAGAAAAUAUUUUAUGCCAAAUAUCAGUCUAGGUCGCAUGUCUGAUGUCGCAUUGGACACUAACUUAUUGCUCUCUUUUUUUCAAAAAACAUUUUGAAGAAUAGAAUGAAAGCAAUUGGAUUUUAACCAACAUCUAGCAACAAAUCACUAGUAAAAAUAUCUAUUUUAAUUAUUUUAAGUUUUAAAUAUGUAUGUAUUUACUGUAAAUAAAUCUCAAAAGUAUUGUAUAUGUCAGUUUCUGUAAAAACUUGUGCAUUUCAGCUCAUGUAUUUUAUCAUCUUAUUGUAAUAGCUGUUAUUAAAUAAUCUUCAAACACA